AUGGCCUCUAACUUGAGGACCCAUGUGAAAAACAACGACAUGAGAGACAGGUUCAAGGCUGCUGCAUACCAACGCCAAGAAAAAAAAUUGUUUGAAGAUAUGCGUUCUAUCGGCGAAGCUUGUGUUAAGUUCCUAGAGUACAUCACGGAUGUGCCGUUUCACAGAUGGUCCUUGUUUCAUGAUGCUGGUCGGAGGCAUGAGAUCAUGGAGGGACAGGAUCAGGGGCAGACACGACAUAACCCUGGACCAGCUGACCCUUCAGUGCUGACACUUCAGGAUACCCAUCGGAGCCGUGACAUAUGGGAGCAGAUAGGUGAUCCAGCACGUUGCUUGGUUUGCAGGCACCACGUUGCCACCACGGUGGUAGAUUGGGUGGUCGACCCCCGUGUGCUACAGUACAUCGAUUUUGUGGGUUUCGGCGGAUUUCAUAGGAUGGCCUUCACACCGAUCGAUCGAGCGCUUAUUACUGCGCUCGUUGAGAGAUGGAGACAGGAGACUCACUCCUUCCAUCUACCAGUUGGGGAGGCCACCGUCACGCUCCGAGAUGUGGAGAUACUUACACGGCUCCCAGUGCAUGGUAGGGCAGUUACAGGACCGAUUAUACAGGACCCUCGUGGCCUUGUUGAGAGGGUGUUAGGGGUGAGGCCUGAGGCGACCGAUGUUAGAGGCACAGGGUUAAGACACAUAUGGUUACGAGAGACAUUUGGGGUGUUGCCUCCUGAUGCUGAUGAUGGGGUCGUCCAAAGAUACGCUCGAGCGUACCUGUUCAUGUUGAUAGGAUCAUUAUUCAGUAACAAGAGUGGUAGUCACAUACAGUUGAUCUACCUACAACUGUUAGAGAACAACUGGGAGGGUAUACGUGACUACAGCUGGGGUAGUGCGUGUCUGGCAACCUUAUAUCGACAUCUUUGCAGAGCAUCCCAGCGUAGUAGAUGGGAGAUCAGCGGUCCCUUGAUUGUGCUUCAGUUAUGGGCUUGGGAGCACAUCCACGUUGGUAGGCCAGCUAUGCCUGCUAGGCGUCGACGCGAGGAGGAGGAGGAAGACGAUCAGGAGCAUGCAUAUGAGGCGCCGCCACACCCACCACCGGACUUAGCAUACUGUUGCCGGUGGCUAGGGCGGAGACUUACUCGUGUGCAUGCAGCAAGGGGUCUGCCGUAUUAUAGAGAUGCAUUCGACAGACUGAGCGAGUCUCAGGUUAUAGUUCACUUUAAAAACUAA